UUUGAAAAAAAAUGUACACUCCUGUAAACACCAUUUUUAAGAAGUGUUGCAGUGAUCGUCUCAACACACAGCUCUAAGAUGUCGCUGGAGGAAUUGUGGAACACGCUAAAGAAUGCAACUGACUGCAAAACUCUGCUGAAGAAACAUUUAACCGAAGAAUUUUACCAGCAGCUCAAAGAUAGGAAAACAAAGUUCGAUGGAACACUCAUCCAUUGUAUUCAGUCAGGCUGUAACAACCUGGACGGCGGCUGUGGGAUUUUCGCCAGUGACCCCGAUGCCUAUGAGGUUUUUAAGGAGGUGCUCCACCCAGUCAUAAAGGACUACCACAAAGUGGCAGAGAUCAAGCACACAAAACCAGACUUUGGCGAUUUUAACAACCUCGGUUUUGGCGACCUUGACCCUAGCGGAGAGUUCAUCGUGUCUACGCGGGUCAGGGUCGGACGUAGUCACGCCAGCUAUGGGUUUCCACCAGUGGUCAAUGCUGAGGAACGUAAAGAGAUGGAGAAGAUUUCUGUUGAUGCUUUGAAUUCUUUGGAGGGAGAGCUGAAGGGGAAAUACUACUCCCUGGAAACCAUGACCCCCGAGGAGAACCAGCAGCUCAUUGAUGACCACUUUAUGUUCAAGAACGACGAUAGGUUUUUACGGGACGCUUGGGUGUACAAGGAUUGGCCCAUUAACAGAGGGAUCUUCUUCAACAACAACAAAACCUUCCUGUGCUGGGUGAAUGAGGAGGACCAUCUCCGUCUGAUCUCCAUGCAGAAGGGGGGCGACCUCGCCGCCGUCUGGAAACGUCUCGUCAAUGCGAUCCAGGAGAUGGAGAAGAAGCUGACCUUUGCCCACCACGAUCAGCUGGGCUACCUCACCUUCUGUACCACCAAUCUAGGAACCACCUGCCGGGCAAGUGUCCACAUCAAAAUCCCCAAACUGGCGGCCGAACCCGACUUCAAGGAGUUCUGCGAUAAACUCAACCUUCAAUCCAGAGGAACUUAUGGAUGGUACACGGAGAAUGUGGGUGGAGUCUAUGAUAUUUCCAACAAGCGCCGCCUGGGAUUGAGUGAAAUCGAGGCUAUCCAGGAAAUGAGGCGCGGAGUGGAAGAAAUCAUCAGGCGUGAGAAGGCAUUGCAGGGAAAGUAAAAGAAAAAACCAAAACUGAAUAUGCAUGGAGCUAGACCCGGUAGAUUGUUCUGAACUGUGAUAUAUUUUUUUAUUCUGUCAUAUCAUUUCGUAAAUUAUCUAUUCAUUCAAAUGUUUUCAAUAAAGGUGUGGAAAUAUUUUUAUAACCAUUUAUAUUUCAAUAAUUGUAGUAAAAUUCAAAUUUAUUAAAAAUGGUGAAAUUAAUGUGCUUAGAAUAUAUCAAAAGGCUAUAUAAAAAAAAACAGCCCCUUUUUACUAAACAUUUGUUAAUUAUAUAUAAUUAUGCAUGGAUUUCAAAAUAAAAUAUUGACCAGAAUUUGUAUUUCGACUGAUGUUCAUGACAUCAAAUCAACUUAAUAAUAUUUUCUCUUUGUAGAGUAUUUAUCGACCGAGUAAACAAAUUAAAAAUAUCAAUUUAAAUUUUGAAAAUUAAAGAUAUCAUUGUUAUUUCAAAACCUUAUUCAUUUAAAUGAUGAAGGCAAAUAUCUGUCAAGCGUGCGAUGAGGGGAAAGAUGGAAAUGCUAAUUAAUGACAAUACACACGUUCUCCUCCAACCAACUCGGCUAAACAGCCAGAAACAUUUCCCAUAAAUAUUUCU